AUGAUUUCAAGACUAUCUCGUGGACUCCAUCGAAACCCGAAGAAAAACUCGCCACCCCAACAACUCAACAAGCAUUUCCAAGCCCUCGAAGCACGUGGCCGAACGGACUCUAAGCCACCGGACCCCAAGCAAGUCUCUUCCUACUCUUCUAACUCAACGCUUCCAUUUCCCUCUAAUUCUCGGUUCAAGCAGCGGGGAUUGUGCUACAAGUGCGAAGAGAAGUGGCAUGUCGACCACCGUUGUAGGAAUAAGGAGCUCCAUGUACCGCUUAUCGGUGAAGAUGGAGUUGGGGAGGAGGGUGAAGCCAUAGAGGCCCGGACCAAAGACGAGUUAGCGGGAGUGGAGUUUUCUCUUAACUCCGUAGUGGGUCUCUCGUAA